AUGUCUACCAGUGAUAAUCACGGACCAAAUGCAUCUGAAGAGGAGGAAUUGAAUUCAAGUCAUAAAACCAAUUAUGGAGUGAUUAAUGAGAGAACUGAUGGCAACUCCGACACGACUGAAGAAAUUGACACUUAUUUCAAGGCAACGGUUCCCGUUCCGGACACAUCAUCCUAUUCAUUCAGUUGGCGAAAGUUGUGGGCCUUUACGGGUCCGGGAUUUCUCAUGAGUAUUGCAUAUCUGGAUCCGGGAAACAUUCAGUCAGACCUUCAGUCGGGAACUAUAGCUCAAUACAAGCUGUUAUGGGUCCUCAUGUGGUCCACAGUGUUAGGUCUUCUCAUGCAGAGACUGGCGGCCCGUUUGGGUGUCGUCACGGGAUUACAUUUGGCUGAACUCUGUUACAAACGUUACCACAAAGUGCCGCGACUUCUCCUAUGGAUUAUGGUUGAGAUCGCCAUCAUUGGCUCUGAUAUGCAGGAAGUCAUUGGAACCGCUAUCUCUCUAUUCCUCUUAUCUAAUCGAGUGAUCCCUCUUUGGGCCGGA